AAACCUUUUAGCGGGUAGGUCGGGAGUCGAGACAGCAGUCACCACCGCAUGCACAGUUCAAUUUUCAAGGCUUUUCUUCCGAGUUCCGACUCCAGAAAGAAACAAAAAUGGGUUGGGUGCGUUGCCGCUUAGCCGCGCUCUCCACUCGGUUUUUUGCGAUAAAAAGAAUCGCUCCCUGCCUUCCUUUACCCUCUUCGUUUUGAUGCGUCCAGAUAAAAUUUUUCCUCGAAGGAGAUAGACAUAUCCGAGGAGGAAUGGGAUCCAGAUCCUUGAUCAAGGUUUUAGCUAAGAACUUUGAUGUUCUUGCCGGGCCUUUUGUUACACUUGUUUAUCCACUGUAUGCUUCAGUAAAAGCCAUAGAGACAAAAUCUACUGUUGAUGAUCAGCAGUGGCUCACCUACUGGGUGCUGCAUUCUCUGUUAACUUUGUUUGAGCUUACUUUUGCAAAGCUAAUUGAAUGGCUACCUUUCUGGCCUUAUGCUAAGCUGAUUUUCAGCUGCUGGUUGGUGUUUCCUUACUUCAGUGGUGCUGCUUAUGUUUACCAGCAUUAUGUGCGAGCCAUUUUUUUGCAAAAGCCGACUGUAAACAUCUGGUAUGUACCACCUAAGAAUAACAUUUUUAGUGAGCCGGAUGAUGUUCUUUUUGCAGCAGAGAGAUUUAUUGAAGAAAAUGGACCUGAUGCCUUUGAAAAGCUGAUAAACAAGGCUCGCAGGGCAUCCGAUGAGAACACUGGCAAGGGUGCAAAAGGCAAGAAGUAUGAUGUUAUGGGGGCUGAAAAAAUUGCAAAAUUAAAGAAGAAGAAGAAGCAUGUGUCAUUUAAUUUGGAGAAGGAAGAAAGAGCAUCCAAGUUAGAGGACUACCAGAGCCAUGCAAUCUAUGAUGAGGUUUGGACUGACAAUGAACCAAAGUUCUGGAGCGACAGCAGCUUUUCGAUCUUUGAUGAGGAUUACAGAUACUGGAAAUAGGAGCGCUGUUUUUUUUUUUUUUUUUUUUUUUGU